CCCCCCCCCGCUCCUGCCCAAAUCCAACCCGGAAAACGGAAAACGGCGGGAGGAGAAUGAGGAGAUCGAGGCGAUGGCGGCCAUCUACGGCGAGGAGUGGUGUGUCAUCGACGACGGCGCCAAGAUCUUCUGUAUCAGGAUCAGCGACGACAUAGAUGACCCCAAGUGGACGCUCUGCCUGCAGGUGAUGCUGCCGGACGGGUACCCGGGCACAGCGCCCCCCGUGUACCAGCUGAAUGCUCCUUGGCUUAAGGGGCAAGAACGGGCCGAUCUGUCGAACAGCCUGGAGGAGAUCUACAUACAGAAUAUUGGUGAAAGUAUUCUUUACCUGUGGGUGGAGAAAAUAAGAGAUGUCCUAAUACAAAAAUCUCAGAUGACAGAACCAGGCCCAGAGGUGAAGCAGAAGACGGAGGAGGAAGACGUGGAGAGUGAAGACGAUGUCCUCGUGGUGUGCCAGCCCGAGACCCCAGGGCGAGCGCUGGGCUUCGACGUCGGUGAGAGUCAGACAGCCGGUACAGCAGCCAGGGUGGCUGAAAUGGAAGAGCUGCCGCCGAUCGACCACGGCGUCCCCAUCACCGACCGACGGAGCACCUUCCAGGCGCACCUGGCUCCCGUCGUCUGCCCCAAGCAGGUGAAAAUGGUUCUUGCCAAAUUAUAUGAGAACAAGAAAAUCGCUAGCGCCACCCACAACAUCUACGCAUACCGAAUAUUCUGUGAGGACAAGCAGACCUUCUUGCAGGACUACGAUGACGACGGGGAGACGGCGGCCGGCGGGCGCCUGCUGCACCUCAUGGAGGUCCUGAACGUGCGGAACGUGCUGGUGGUGGUGUCGCGCUGGUACGGCGGCAUCCUGCUGGGGCCCGACCGCUUCAAGCACAUCAACAACUGCGCCCGGAGCAUCCUGGUGGAGAGGAGCUACGCGGGCUCGCCGGAGGAAUCGUCCAAGGCUUUGGGAAAGAACAAAAAAGUGAGAAAGGACAAGAAGAGGAGUGAACAUUAACAGCCGAUACGACUUAGCGGUCAGCUUACCUGUGAUCAGACGCAGGCUCCUCACUCAUCAGACGUCUGUGCACGGGGCACCUGCGGCCCCGCAGCCAUUCAUCACGACACCAGCGUCAUCCCCUCCCCUGGUCAUGUCACCCGCCAGCACCAGAGGCCCUGUGAGCACCGUGCACGUGGCUCCAGCCGCUCGGACGACGCGCUGGAG